AUGUUAACUUGUGCGGUGAACGAGCUGCGCUCGGCCAUUUCGAUACGAAGGAAGAGAGAGCGAAGGUAGCAGGUUUGUGACAAGUGUUAAAAGCUACAAAGCAAAAACCAAGCCCCAGGUAUGGCAAAAGCACCAGCAGUUGGUAUUGAUUUGGGUACAACCUACUCCUGUGUGGGUGUGUUCCAACAUGGCAAAGUGGAAAUUAUUGCCAAUGACCAGGGCAAUAGGACAACUCCUAGUUAUGUAGCCUUCACAGAUACAGAAAGAUUGAUCGGUGAUGCAGCAAAGAAUCAAGUGGCCAUGAACCCCAACAAUACAAUUUUUGAUGCAAAACGUCUUAUUGGCCGUCGGUUUGAGGACUCAACAGUGCAAGCUGACAUGAAACAUUGGCCAUUUACUGUUAUAAAUGAAACAGGGAAACCAAAGAUUCAAGUGCAGUACAAAGGAGAAAGUAAGACUUUCUUCCCUGAGGAGGUGAGCUCCAUGGUACUGACCAAGAUGAAAGAAACUGCAGAGGCCUAUUUGGGCAAAUCUGUAACUAGUGCAGUCAUCACAGUUCCUGCCUACUUCAAUGACUCCCAGAGGCAAGCCACCAAGGAUUCGGGUGCUAUCGCAGGACUAAAUGUCCUCAGGAUUAUCAACGAACCCACUGCUGCAGCCAUUGCCUAUGGUCUUGACAAGAAGGGUCAUGGGGAACGUAAUGUCCUUAUUUUCGACUUGGGUGGCGGUACCUUUGAUGUCUCCAUCCUUACGAUUGAAGAUGGAAUCUUCGAAGUCAAGUCUACUGCUGGCGAUACUCAUCUGGGUGGCGAAGACUUCGACAACCGAAUGGUGAACCACUUCGUCCAAGAAUUCAAGCGCAAAUACAAAAAGGACCUGACUUCCAACAAGCGUGCUGUUAGAAGACUGCGCACUGCCUGUGAGCGCGCAAAGCGCACGCUUUCUUCCUCCACCCAAGCCAGCAUUGAGAUUGAUUCACUGUUUGAGGGUAUCGACUUCUACACAUCCAUUACCCGAGCCAGGUUCGAGGAACUGAAUGCAGACUUGUUCCGCAGUACCAUGGAGCCAGUUGAAAAGUCCCUUCGAGAUGCCAAGAUGGACAAAGCACAGAUCCAUGACAUUGUCCUGGUUGGUGGAUCAACCCGUAUUCCAAAGGUACAGAAACUCUUGCAGGAUUUCUUCAAUGGGAAGGAAUUGAACAAGUCUAUCAACCCUGAUGAGGCAGUGGCAUAUGGUGCAGCUGUACAGGCAGCAAUUCUGGCGGGAGAUAAGUCUGAGGAGGUGCAGGACCUGCUUCUGUUGGAUGUGACACCCCUUUCUCUUGGUAUUGAGACAGCUGGAGGGGUGAUGACUGUGCUCAUAAAGCGCAACACGACCAUCCCCACAAAACAGACACAGACAUUUACUACCUACUCGGACAACCAACCAGGUGUCCUGAUUCAGGUGUACGAGGGUGAACGAGCGAUGACCAAAGACAACAACCUUCUUGGAAAGUUUGAGCUGACUGGUAUUCCUCCNGCACCACGUGGCGUUCCACAGAUUGAGGUCACAUUUGAUAUUGAUGCCAAUGGUAUUCUGAACGUGACUGCUGUGGACAAGUCAACAGGGAAAGAAAACAAGAUCACAAUCACCAAUGAUAAGGGCAGACUGAGCAAAGAGGAGAUAGAACGCAUGGUGAACGAUGCAGAGAAAUACCGAGCUGAGGACGAGAAGCAGAAGCAGACCAUUUCUGCCAAGAACGCCCUAGAGUCAUACUGUUUCAACAUGAAGAGUGCCAUGGAGGAUGAGAAGCUGAAGGACAAGAUAUCCGAAUCCGACAAAACCACCAUCAUGGACAAAUGCAAUGAGGUUAUCCGUUGGCUGGAUGCAAAUCAACUUGCCGAGAAAGAAGAGUUUGAGUCUCAGCAGAAGGAACUGGAAGCAGUUUGCAAUCCCAUCAUGACGAAACUGUACCAGGGAACUGGUGGCAUGCCAGGAGGGAUGCCUGGGGGUUUCCCGGGUGCAGGGGGGCCUGCGCCAGGGGCUGGAGGAGCAGCUGGAGCAGGACCAACUAUCGAAGAAGUAGAUUAAAAGUGAUUUAAUGCGAAGCUUAAGAGCAAGGCUGGCACAAAUUUUCAUGUGUAUAAUAUUCUGUCAGGCAAGUGAAAUUCAAAUUUUUGAAAUGUAUAAUCAUUUCAUUUCAUUGUUUAGAUUGAUAAAAAUGCUGAUGACAUUGGUGUGGAAACAACAGAUAUCAGACAGUCACAUAGUUCUAACAUUUCAAUUUUGUUAAUACUGUUAAAAUUGGAAUGAACAGAGGGAACCUCACAUUCUCGGUAUUCAACUGGAAUGUAGCUUUUUCUCAAACAGUUUGCUAUUCAACCUGAAGAGUAAACUGUUUCCUGAGGAAAAAAAGCUAACAGGUUUCUUCUGUCCAUUCCAGUUUUCAUAGUAUUAAUAAAAUUUAACUAUUGGAACUGUAUAAUUGCUGUUUGUUCAUACAAUUAUUUAUUGAUUGAGAAAUUAAAAAGAAUAUGUUCCUUAUAUUUUUGAAGUUCUAAUUUGAUCUAUAUUCAUUUUUACUCCAUUGUUAAGCAGUCACCUGCCUGAGUUGCAUGGAAUGUGGCUGAUUAUGUUUCAAGGGUUCUGAAAAGUUACCAGUAUUUAGCUAGAUACAGUAAUCCUGAUUUAUGCUUGCAAAUAUAAACACAGGAGCCAUGAAGUUGAGAUGGUGUGUGUAACGCUUCCUGGAACAUGAAUGGGGAAUGGUGUCAUCUGUGAUCUCACUGUAUAUGGAAAUAUUAACUGCAGUUGGAACCAGUGCAGGUAGUGAGGAUGUACACAACUUUUGUUCAGUUUCCGUUCUUCAGCUAGUAGUAAACAGAUUGUGUAAGAAAACAAUAUUUUUACUGAAUUGCAAAGGUCAUUCUAGACUAACCUAACAGUAAAGUUGUGUGACUAGUUUGGAACACAAAAUAAGUUCACAAGUUAGAUGCGUGUAACAUGGGAAUAUUCAUUUUGAACAAAGUUUGUUAACGGUUUACAGAGUGCUAAAGUGUUUUUCCAUGAAGCAAACUGAUAGGAUAGUAAGUUGAAUUACCUUAUUAAUGUUCAGACUGUUUAAGAGUGCUUGCAAAUUCUGUAAGGUCAUUGUAUGCAAAAUAAAAGUGUAUUGACAUGUGUCCUA